GGUCAUGUGACUCUACAAUACUCCAGCAAAAGCUCUUCUGCUCCAGAAGUCCUCCAGCUAUAGCAUUGGUCACACAGGAGCUAUUUCACACUCACCAUGCAGGCGGAACGUGUUACAAGUUUCGGUGACAAGCGAAAACGUGUGAGAAAUACUGCUGAGGAACCAUUCGCUGCCAUAGCUCACCUAGAUUGUGGUGGAACUGGAUUUCUUUCUAGAAUUGAUGAUACCUUUGUUUUGAUUACUGCCGGACAUUGUCUACAAGAAGAGGAACUUGUCAUUACGUUUGGGGAACAUUCACCAACAUUUCAUCCUCUUAAGAUCCGAGCUAACAAAGAAACAUUCGGCCUCCCGUCAGACUACCGAGCGGAAGAUUAUUCGGACUAUGGUAUCAUUCUGCUGAAAGACCAAAAAUAUUUUAAGGAGAAAAAUAUAUAUAUACCCCUGAAAACUGAGAGUGGACAACGCCCCGUGUUGAUGUCCGGCUAUCCAGGUCUUGAUAGAGCUGAAGAAGGGGUACCCGGAUACCCUCCUAGAACCCAGUGGAGCAUUCAGGUCACAGACUGCAGGGCAGACGGUAGGUUUCUGCGGUACAAGGAUGCAACUACGGGAGGAAACAGUGGCUCUCCUCUCUUUGUGAAACAAAAUGGGAUCUACGUUGCUGUUGGAAUUCAUAUUGCAGGUUAUCCUGACUUUAACAGAGGCAUCAGAAUAACCAAGGAAGUAAUAGAUACUAUUCGCAGCCUUGUCCAAAGCGUGAAACAAGGAGUACAAUUGAAAGAAAAAAGAAAACAAGAAAGAGAAAAAGAGAAACAAGAGGUGAAACGCACUUUGAUGAAACUAGCAGAUGAGUUGGACGAACACCAAAGAGGCAUCCGUAUCGCCAAGGCAACUUUUGCAUCAGCUGCUGUUGCAUCAUCUACUGGUGGGUCAAUAUUUGCUCUACUUACUGGAAGAGGAUCGCUCGUCGCUGUGUGUGGUAUUGUUGGUGGGGCUGUCAGUGGAGCGGGGACUUACGCCACCAACAUAGCUGAGAAGAUCAUCAACAGUAAGAAACUGGAAGCUGCCCAGGAAGCAAUAAGAAAGAUCAACGCCUCGUACUCCCACUCCACAAGCGUUGAAGGGGAAACAGGUGGACUUCGUGCAGCUACUACCGGCAUAACCACAAUGUUUGGUCUUCUUCAGCCUGUCCUCAUAGGUCUCAACAUUGCUGAGAUUGUUUACAACAGCAUCAAGAUUGUCAAGAAAUCCCCAUCAGAAGUUGCAGAACAGAUAAGGGCAAUCGCCCGUAAGCUCGAUUAAAGAAUUCAAGGAGAUAUUUCAAUGUCCAGAAGUGAUUUGUUUGGUCUAUUUGUUGUAGUAUAUAUAUAACCUCAGUCGAAGAUUUGUAUUUGAAACUAUCAAACGUUAGCGAUAGUGUACCAAAACUGGAUCUUUGUCAGCACUAAAAAAUAAUUACAUAUGUUCAAUUCUUUUAUGCUUUAAAACAUAAAUUGAUAUAACUUCAAAAAGUUAUAAAAAUCAUAUAAUGUGUAACUACUUGUUUGAGUGGCAUUUUGGGAAGUACAAUACUGAACAAGCUUUAUGGAUAACAAAUUCUUUUAUACUAGGCGCCAUUAAUAAAGAGUCAACUGAUAUGUAGCACAUGUAAAGAAAAGUCUCUCAGAAAUAAUAGAACUAAGAGUGUCAUCGUAAUGUAUAAUGUGUUGACAAAUGUGACACGUCAUGAGAAAGGCAAGAUUUAUGGAUGUCAACUUCUUUAUUGUGAAUAACAUGACGUUUCGGAGUGCAUGCUUGCUCCUUCAUCAGGUAGUGGAAGUGUUCUUUGACUCGAGUGUUGAUGGGUCGGGGUGUUUCGCCUAUGUAACACUCUCCGCAAUUACACUUUACUUUGUAAAUGACACAUUUCGGGUUGUUGUUGUUAGAAUUGAGAAGGCUGGAGGACGCGAUGAAGUACUAAUGAUUAUCUUUUUACCUUUGAAAAUCAACAAUUUUGCUUUUAACUGCAGACAUAUUUGUUUCUUUUAGUUGAAUUGUGUUGUAUUUUAGAAUUUAGGUUUUGUUGUUUGGUUUUUUUGCUUUUUGCUUUUAGUUGAUUCCUUGAGCUUUUGAUGUAAUUGAAGUAAUUUUGCCAUACUUGAGUUAAUUGAGUUUGUUCAAGUUAACUGUACGUCUAAAUAUAUUUUGAAGUGAUAUUUUGUUCGAGCAUCAAGUAUCAAGUAUAACACAUUUCAGCAAACGUAUAGUGUCUUUCUAUUUCGUAUAUUGAGAUGUUUCAUGCAAGUGCUUAAUGCAUGGUCUUAUAUUGUAAUUUCACAAUAAACGUUACGUGCUUGUGCUCAUUAUUAGUUGUGUCAUAG